CAGACCUACACGGUGCAGAUCUCAGCGCUGCAAGAGUUCACUCUGCUGCAGCUUAAACGUGACUUCCAACAUUUGUUUGUUUUUUAAUUAUUAUUAUUAUAUUAAUUAUUAUUUAUGCAUAUUCAUUUUUUUUAAAUUAAAGAAAAAAAAGAUAUCCGUAGCUGAUUUUUAAGGUGCAAGAUGUAGCUGCUGAUCACAAGCCAAUGUUAAAUUUGCAUUGGAAACUGUGAAUAACAAACAACGAAAAAAGCAAAAAAAAAGCACAGGGCGUCGUUUUGUGUGUGUGAAGGAAAUUUUUUCGCUAUGAUUGUUUUAAUAAAGUGAUUUUUUUUUUUUGAAGCGUCGAAUUUUUUCUUGUCCUUCUCUGAAAAGGAUUUUGUUCCAAGGUGAAUCUGUUGACCGAGAAUAAAAAAAAAAAGUCGGAUUACCAGCUACCACUAACCCAGCAAGAAAAUCAGGAUAUUUUUGUUAUUGCUCUUUUGUGACGGCUUUAAUUCAUGAGUCAAUUGCCAUCUUUUGCCCUAACAUGGAUAUCAGAAUGAGCAAAGAAAGGCCCAAGAGGAAUAUAAUUCAAAAGAAAUAUGAUGACAGUGAUGGUAUCCCAUGGUCAGAAGAAAGGGUGGUGCGGAAGGUGCUUUAUCUAUCUCUCAAGGAGUUUAAGACGGCUCAAAAGAGACAAAGUGACUGCAUUACUGGGAGCUUCAAAGCUCCAAAUGGUCUACUCCUUAAUGGACAGUCUAAAGGAUCUUCACAGUCAUCGGAAAAUGAGAAAGAUGACACCUCUCAAAGUUCUUCAAAUACCAACAGUGUGACAUCAUCUGAUUCUGAAGAUUGCCCAGUGAGAAAAAGGCCAAGGCUACAAGCACAAAGGAAAUUUGCCCAAUCCCAGCCAAACAGUCCGAGCACAACUCCCAUCAAAAUUGUUGAGCCUUUACUACCCCCUCCAGUUACUCAAAUGUCAGACCUCACCAAACGCAAACCCAAGACUGAAGAUUUCCUCACAUUUUUGUGUCUUCGAGGUUCUCCUGCUCUCCCCAUUAACAUGGCGUAUUUUGGAAGUUCUCAAGAUGAAGAGGAUGUUGAGGAGGAUGAUAUAGAUUUUGAGGACAUAAAAGCAGCCACAAAUUACACUUCUUCUUCAUGCCAUUCAACACCACGGAAAACAAAAACACAUAAACAUGUAACUAAUGGACAUGUUUUUAAUGGGUCGAAGGAGAAGGAAUCUUCCCACAAACACAGAAGCAAAGAGGCCACCCCAGGGAAAGAAAGGCACCGUUACAAGAAAUCUGAGAGCCGAAGAGAGUGCACUGCUGCUAACCAUCGGCCUGCUUCACACACGGGCCCCUCUGCCAAAGGGCUCGCUGCUAAUAACCACCACAGUCAUCUUAGAUCGGCUCAGGACUUAAGAAAACAGGUUUCAAAGGUGAAUGGAAUAACCAGAUUGUCAUCAUUAGGUUCAAAUGCAGUCGGUGCCAAAAAAACAAGAGAAGUGAGAUCUUCACCGUCCAAAACUGUGAAGUAUACUGCAACGGUGACAAAGGGAACUGUCACAUACACCAAAGCCAAGAAAGAACUGGAUAAGGCAACCAAACAAAGUCAGAGCAAAACCAGUUCAUCUGUUCACCACACAAUCUCAGGGACCACAGAAAGCAGCAAUGCAAAAACUCGUAAACAGGUGCUAUCUCUUUCCAAGCCCAACUGUGCCGCUAUAAUUAACUGUGUUAAGGUGAAUGGUAAGUUCAACAAAAAGACAUGCACUAGGCAGGAAGGAAUGCAGCUAAGGGAGGGUCUACGUAACUCAAAAAGGCGUUUGGAAGAGACAAAUCAACUCAACAAAUCUCAACCACAAGUGAAAAAGAUUAAAGUAUCCACCAACUUGCCAGAGGUCAGAAGCAAAAGGCUAGUGGUGGAGAAACAGGUGCUGAAUGGACACAUAAAGAAAGAAGUGCCAGAGAAAAUGCUGGAAAGAAACCGGCCGAAACGGACCUCUGCAGUCAAGAACACAUCAGUUACGCAAGCAUGUAGUCAAUCAGAAGAUGCCAGCUGUGAAAAUCAUUCUACCUCUCAGACAGAUUCCUCACAUAAUAAUCUGGACUCCACAAAGCCAGAAAAAAUUGUUGGGAGAACCAGGUGUGCAACAAUGUGUGAAAUCCCUGUUCUCCGGCCUACUGCCAAGGAGUUCCACGACCCACUAAUUUACGUUGAGUCUAUCCGAUCCCGAGUGGAGAAGUAUGGAAUGUGCACAGUGAUCCCACCUGCAGAUUGGAGACCGGAGUGCAAGCUAAAUGAAGAAAUGCGCUUUGUGACACAGAUUCAGCAUAUUCACAAGCUUGGCCGACGCUGGGGCCCAAAUGUCCAACGUCUGGCCUGCAUAAAGAAACACCUCAAAUCUCAGGGUAUCACUCUGGAUGAGCUUCCGCUCAUAGGAGGUUGUGAGUUAGAUUUGGCUCGGUUUUUCCAACUCAUCAAUGAAAUGGGCGGAAUGCAACAAGUGACUGACCUUAAAAAGUGGAACAAACUGGCAGAUAUGCUCCGCAUCCCGAAGACCGCACAGGAUCGUCUGGCAAAGCUACAAGAGGCCUACUGUCAGUAUCUACUCUCCUAUGAUUCCCUUUCCCCAGAGGAGCACAAGAAAUUGGAGAAAGAAGUUCUGCAGGAAAAAGAAAAUCUGGAGAAAAAGAAAGGACCACUGGAGGGUCAAGCAGAGAAUGCCUAUAAGUUACAUUUGCUUCCUAGAUAUGAACCUAAAAACGGGCUGAUUAAUGGUGUUGUGCAUCGUACAGGUCUUCGGGGAAAACUAAAAGAAGUGGAUGUCCAGCUAAAAAAUGGAAGACGGAGACUGUUUGCUCAGGAAAAAGAAAGUGCAGAGGAAGAACCAGAAGACAAGGGUUUACUUGGAGAUUUGCACAAAUGCAUAUACAAAGGAAGGUCAGUGUCGCUUACAACCUUCUACCGGACAGCAAGAAACAUCAUGAAUAUGUGUUUCAACAAGGAGCCCACUGUCGCUGAGGUUGAGCAAGAGUAUUGGCAUCUCGCUGAACAGAGGUAUUGCCAUGUAGCCGUGCAUUGUGGGAAAGUUGACACAAAUACUCAUGGGAGUGGUUUUCCUGUGGGUAAAGCAGAACCCUUUUCAAAGCAUGGGUGGAAUCUUACUGUCCUUCCUAAUAAUUCAGGUUCCAUCCUGCGACAUCUUGGUGCUGUGCCUGGAGUAACUAUUCCUUGGCUUAAUAUCGGCAUGGUUUUUUCUACCUCAUGCAGGUCUCGUGACCAAAAUCACCUUCCAUACAUUGACUACUUACACACUGGUGCUGAUUGCAUUUGGUAUUGCAUUCCUGCUGAGGAAGAGAGUAAACUUGAUAAAGUGGUACACACUCUUCUACAAGCCAACGGUACUCCUGGACUACAGAUGCUUGAAAGUAACGUUAUGAUCUCCCCUGAGGUGCUUUGUAAAGAGGGGAUCAAGGUGCACCGCACUGUACAGAAAAGCGGCCAGUUUGUUGUCUGCUUCCCAGGAUCCUUUGUGUCCAAAGUGUGCUGCGGCUAUAGUGUUUCUGAAACUGUGCACUUUGCUACCACCCAGUGGACAAGCAUGGGCUUCAAAACUGCCAAGGAAAUGAAACGUCGGCACAUAGCAAAACCGUUCUCCAUGGAGAAAUUACUGUAUCAGAUUGCAACAGCAGAAGCAAAGAAAGAAAACAGUCCAAGUCUAAGUGUCAUUUCUACUCUCCUUGGAGAGCUCAGGGAUACAGAACUGAGACAGAGACAGCAGCUGUUUGAAGCGGGACUGCACUCUUCAGCACGUUACGGGAGUCACGACACAAAUAGCUUGUCAUUAGAUGGGAGGAAGAAGCCACGAAAAUGGUUGCAGUUUGAGACAUCCGAGAGAAGGUGCCAGAUUUGCCAGCAUCUGUGUUACCUUUCGAUGGUUGUGCAGGAAAAUGAGAAUGUCGUGUUUUGCCUGGAAUGUGCACUGCGUCAUGUGGAGAAGCAGAAAUCAUGUCGAGGUCUGAAGCUGAUGUAUCGUUACGAUGAGGAGCAGAUAAUCAGCCUAGUCAAUCAGAUUUGUGGGAAAGCCUCUGGUAGAAAUUGCAGUAAUGAGAACUGUCCAAUAAAGACUACACCAAAAAGAGGACCAAGGAAAAGAGCCACGCUUGAUGUGCCAACAUCCAGAUUUUCAUCAUCAAAUAUGUCCAAAAUGACUUCAGUUUCAUCAUGAAGAUGCCAACACUCUCAUUUUUCCAAUUCUAUAAAUAUAUAUAUAUAUAUAUAUUUUUUUUGUAAUUAUACCCUAGUUUGGAGUACUUGCUGUAGAAUGCAGGCUGUCUUUGCACUAGCUCUAAGAAGAUUUUUUUUUUCUUCUGGUUUUAGAGAAGUUUGUUUUAGCAUUAAACUGUUGAAUUUUUUUCUUUUUUUUUUGUAUUUAGACACUGCAGUCAGAUUUUUGAAGCUGCAGAAUAGUUUUAUGACAGUCUAAAGGGGAUUAUAAAAUAUUUUUUUAUUUUAUUUCUGCUACCCCCUGUGACUGAAUAACAACAAAAAGCCUUACGACAACACACAUGAAAGAGGCUUUUAAACCAUUUUUGAUAAGUUGAUGUGUUUUUGUAUUUCUUUAUCCAGUCAAGGGAGCAGUUUUUUCUAGAAAGAUUUCAAAACUUGAACGAUCCUGCUUUUACUUGGCUAUGUUUCUUUCUGUCACGUGCAAGAUGAGUUUUGUAUUUUUUUUUAAAUUGGGUAUAUAAAUAUAUAAGAAAAAAUAGAGGAUGGUUUUGGCAGCUGAAGAUACUUUUUUUUUUUUUAUAUAUAUAUUUUUUUUUUUAGAAAAACCAGAUGCAGAAUGCUGAGAUUUGAAAAAAAGGUUCUCUCCUACCAGCACAUCUCUAUGCAUCUGUUAAAGGAGAAGAUGAACUAUCAAAGAACUCAAGCAAUGCCUCUCUGGCAAAAGUUGUUUUAAGGUUGGGGGUGGGUGGGAAUAAAAACUGUGCCUGAUUUCAUAAGGAAUCCAUUCUGUUAUUUUUUGGUGCUGUUGGCUACUUUAACACAAAAAAAGAAAACUUCAAUAGCAUCCUUUUGAAAGAAAGGAAAAAAAAAAAGAAAUAUAAAGUAUAUAUAUAUAUAUAUAUACAUAUAUAAAAUGAGUGAAGCCGAAAGUGCUUCUUUGUCAUAGAUGUGCAAUGUUUCUUACAUUCCAUUUUCAUUCCACUGCUGUCUCAACACAUCACACAAUCAGCAUUAAUAUAUAAGCAUAUAAUGUUUUUAUUCUAUUGUUUUUUUAAUAUGCACCCUCAGUUUUCAAGCAUCUUGCAAUGAUUUUGUUUUUUUCUGGUUUCUACGGCUAAGUUGGACUUCCUUUAAUGACCACCUUUUAGAGCCACUAGGUGUAUAAUGUUUGUUGUUGCUGUUGUUUUUUUGUUUUUCAUCAUGAAUGUGAAAAUGAAUUUCCUCUUGUCUCAUUUUUUUAUUUUUACUCUCUUCAGAAGAGGCAAACCAACAAAUACAGAUCAUAAACCUUUUUGUACAUAUGCCUGUAAAUUGUUUUAAAUACUUGAGCCUUCUUUUGGGGAUUGGGGUGGACAGGGGACGGUGAGAAGACAAGAUGAAGAAAAAGCCUUACAUUUCAGUUUCUUCAUCCGAUAGUUUGAUGCUUACAGGGUUUUCUUGUAACAUUUAUACAAGUGCUGCUUACAUCACUGAACAACUAAAAAAAAUAUUUGGAUUUUUAUUUUUGCCCCCCUUUUUCUGGUUGUUUGUAUGCGUGGGAUUAAAGAAAAAAAGGGAAACUGUUUUCAUAAAUUGUUCUCUGUUUCAUGAUUGAAAGAAAUAAUAAAAAAAAGAUAAAAAAAAUGUAGCUACCCAUAUUGCACUGAACUCACCAGUGGUAACUAUUGGGAGAGUCCUUUAAUACAGUUUGUUGGUUGUUGUUUCAGAAGACUGAGCUGUUAUUUUUUUUUUUUUUAUUUUUUUUUUUUAAUAUUUAACAAUAACAUAAACAGAGUCAAGUGUUUUUUCAAAUGUGGUUGUCCAGUUUUAUGGCCUUGCUGUGUACUUUUUCCCUCUUGACAGUAAACUUCUAUGACUACGGCUUACAGGUUGACAUUUAAUUUAUUAGCACUGCUCUGCUCUCUUUCCUUGUGGGGGAAAGAUUCCAUGUUGUUUAUUGCCAGUUUUGUUUACUUUUCAGGUUUGUACAACAAGGUUUAAUAAUAAAUAAAAAUAAAUUUUUUGAAUAUA